AUGUUGGCACAAAGUCUUCUCGUGUCCACUCUCCUGCUAUCAAUAGCGGGAGCUGUCCAAGAGACUGUGGAUGUUGGUUACUCUGUGUAUAAGGGACAAGCGCUUCCAAAUGGUGUGAGCCAAUGGCUAGGAAUUCGAUACGCUGCACCACCAUUGGGCGAGUUGCGGUUUGCGCCUCCACAAGAUCCCCUCCGAACGGAAGGAGUUCAAGAUGCGACCAUGCAUGGGAAAUACUGUCUUGCGACUGGUGGUACGCCUACAGCCAAGACUACGUCAGAAGACUGCCUCUUCUUAGAUGUGCAGGCUCCUACUCGAGCCACAGCUCACUCUAAGCUUCCUGUUUUCCUUUACAUUCAAGGAGGUGGUUUUAAUCUCAACUCAAACCCCAAUACGAAUGCCUCCGGCCUGAUCAUCAACAGUGGCCACGAUAUCGUGGUUGUGAGCCUCAACUACCGUGUUGGCCCAUACGGCUUUAUGACAGACAGUGACAAGAUCCUGCCCAACAAUGGACUUCGUGACCAGCGCAAGGCCUUGGAAUGGGUGCAGAAAUAUAUCUCCCGAUUCGGCGGUGACCCAAAUCAUGUCACUCUUGGAGGAAGCAGUGCAGGCGCAGCCAGUGUUACAUACCACCUGACUGCCAACAAUGGGACCAACCGAGGGCUUUUCCAUGCUGCAAUCGCCGAGUCUCCAUCUUUUGCAACGACUCUGACGGUGGCUCAAUCUCAGUACAUGUACACUCAGUUUGCAACUCGUGUGGGCUGUGUUGGCAAAGACAACCUUGCUUGCAUGCGCAACAAGACGGCAGUAGAGCUUCAGACACAAAACUUCAAUAUUCCUCUUCCAGGAGCGGCUAACCCCCCCAACUAUAUGUGGCUCCCUGUUCUGGAUCAAGAAUUCGUACAGGACUUCACAUAUAGAGUGUUUCAAAAAGGAAAAUUCAUCAAAGUACCGACUAUCUAUGGCGACGACACCAACGGAGGGACCAAGUUUGCCCCCAAAAAUACCGCCACCCUCCAGCAGAGCAACAGUUACGUAUUGGAUCAAUAUCCUGUGCUCACUCUGGAGAUGCUCGGACAGAUUAACGAGAUGUAUCCCAACCCGAAUACGAGCUGCCCUGCGGUUGGCUGCUACUGGAGACAUGCUAGCAACGUAUAUCAGGAAGCCCGUUAUAUGUGCCCUGGCAUGUACAUCAGCUCUGUCGUGAACAAACAUGGACAAAACGCUUGGGUCUAUCGAUGGAAUGUCGAGGAUCCUGAUCAAAUGGCCUCUGGGUUGGGUGUUCCUCACACAGUUGAGCUGAACGCUCUAUGGGGUGCCGACUACGUAGACGGCGCGCCGGCGAGUUAUCAGGACGGCCAGAUCAACGCUGCUGCUUCGCCCACGAUACAGAAUUACUGGCUCAACUUUAUCAAAUACUACAAUCCCAAUGGCAAAAGCAUCUAUUCUGCUAGCAAGUACCCCCAAUGGAAAGCGUGGACAGACAAGGCCCAAAGCCGCCUCACGUUCCAGACUGGAGGCAAGGCGGAGAUGAUCCCCGUCGACUCAGGCUUGAAGCAGCGGUGUGAUUUUUGGUCCACGAAUGGCGUUGCGUUGACAAUGUGA